AGUAUAAGGAAUUUGUGCACUCUUUAACGAAAUUAAGUAUUCUGCUGACCUUGAUUAGUCUAUAAUAUUGAUAAUUGUUAAUGUUCUUAAGUAUUAUAAUUUGCUAUACACAGUGGAUGGUGGCCUUCCUGAAUUACUCCACCAGUAAGCUGCAUAGUCAAAUUACGUAAGACGUUGUCGGUUAUUGAGUUUGAAAGUGAAGGUUUUUCGCGGAGUUUAGAGGUAAUAAGUUCGUCGGUUAUUGAGUUUGAAAGUGAAGGUGUCUCGCAGAGUUGAGAGUUAAUAAGUUCGAAAGUGAAUUUCUUGUGUAAGGAAUCUGUUUCAGAUGUAAUAAUGGAAGUGGUACAAAAGUUGGACAUUGAGUCAUACGCCUAUGACAGUGAAUUCGACAUUAGUUCGCUUACAGUGAGUUCUGGAUGUGAUGCGAGUAUGGAACAAGGAUUUGACAUCUCUCGUGGAGAUUUCCACUUUAGUAGCCCAAUUCCAAAGUUUACCCUUACCGCAAAUUCCGACGAUUCUUCACCGGAACAUGUGAAUGAAAGGGCUUCAAGGGUUGAGAAUUGCAUUUCAUUGCGACACCGUAGAAGUUCGCCACCAUAUAAAAAAGUGAGAGCGUUAAGACUCUUUCAAUCACCAGCUACUCCGAAAACAUUGCUUGAAAAAUGUUCAGAUCACACGCCGGCUACUCCAGCGGCUCGCUCAAGGUUAUUUAGCAGAUUUGAGAAACCCAAAGGGGUAGCAUGUGCCUAUCCAAAAUUAGAUAAACCAUCUGUAAAUAUCAACCCUUUUACUCCAAAUGGCAUGCUGUUAAUGUCAAAGAAGCGAACACGAUCCAAAAGGAGCCUUGUGGGAUCACCAGCUGAUGGUCCUGAUGUACAAAAAUUUGAAGUGAAUGACCAUGAAGACUCUGAUUCAGAAGUAGAACAACCAACUAAGAGACUGGCACUCCAAGAUUCUAACAUUCCACGAUAUCGCAAGGAGUUCCUUGAGGUUCGUCUAAUUGGCACAGGCGAGUUUGGUAGUGUCUAUGAAUGCAUCAACAGGUUGGAUGGUUGCACAUAUGCAGUAAAGAAGAGCAUUAAACCUGUUGCAGGCAGUGCGAACGAGAAAACAGCACUGAAUGAAGUGUAUGCACAUGCAGUUUUGGGCCAGCACCAUCAUGUAGUGCGGUACUAUUCAGCAUGGGCAGAGGACAACCAUAUGAUCAUACAAAAUGAGUUUUGCAAUGGUGGAAGUCUGGCAGAAGCCAUUGAAGAACGUCAGCGUGAAAAAAGGCCUUUCACAGAACCAGAGCUGAGGCGAUUAUUGCUUCAUGUUUCAGAAGGACUAAGAUAUAUCCAUUCCAUGCAGCUGGUCCAUAUGGAUAUCAAACCUGGAAACAUAUUCAUAUCACGAGAUAAGAGACUGUAUACCUUGCAUGAUGACUCAGCAGAUGAUGGCUUUGAGGAAGAUGAUCCAGUCUCCACAGAAGAAGAAAUAACAUAUAAAAUAGGUGACUUGGGACACGUGACAUCUGUGAGCAACCCACAAGUGGAAGAGGGAGACUGCCGGUACUUGCCCUGUGAGAUACUACAAGAAAACUUCAGCCAUCUCGCAAAAGCAGACAUCUUUGCUCUAGGUUUGACCAUGUACGAGACUGCUGGAGGAGGGCCAUUGCCUAAGAAUGGUGAAGAAUGGCAUAACAUACGAGAAGGAAAGCUGAAAGGGUUGCAGCAAUAUAGCCAAGACUUCAAUGAUCUGAUAAAGCAAAUGAUUCAUCCACAUCCAGAGAUGCGCCCUUCAGCCGUUAACCUUAUCCAGCAUCGUGUGCUCUCUCCUUUUGGAAACCAGUCAAAGGCACAAUUACGCAGAGAAUUAAAUGCUGAGAAAUUGAAAAAUGAGAUUCUGGCCAAGCAGCUUGAGAAUGCUGAGAAAUGUUUCAAGUCAUUACCUGCUAAUUUAAUCCAACAGUUCAGUGGAAAUGCUUCGGACUUGGCCGAAGGCAAGCGUCCAGUGUCAGCUCGUUCAUGGUUGACGGGAAAGAAAGUGAACCGGAGUCAUAGUACAACCAAUUUUUGAACUUUGGUGUAACAGUUUAGAAGUUAUUUUUGGAAUAACUGUGAAGUUACAGCACCUUUUAAUUGUUAACAGUCUUCUUGUGCUACCAAUUAAUACUAUUUGCUGAUUCCAAGAACGUGUAAUCCACUGAAAUCACUACAGUUUCAGAACAUUAAUUCGUAGAAUAGGUAGAUGUUAAGAUUUUUUUGUGAAAUUUUAUAACUGUUUAAUAUUUUGCAUGAUCUUCGUCUUCUGUAUUUGAAGAAUACGCUUUGGUGUGAAGCCUGUUACAGUUUUAUAGUUUGAAUUAGAUAAAUUGCUGAUUCUGUGAUAAUCUUAUCACUCUGAAUAUGUAUAAUUGAGUGUUAUUUAUUUUUGUGAGAAUAAUGGAACCCAACCAUCUUCCUGUAUCAAAUAUUUCAGGUGAUGCUAGUAUAAAUAAAAAUGACUUGAAGUGAA